AUGCCUCGAUGUCACUGUGGCGUGAGGUCGCCAAUCAGAACCGCUUGGAAAUGUGACUAUCCGGGCAGAAGAUUUUACGGAUGUUCUGGGUACGGAACCAGCAGGAAAUGCUCGUUCUUUCAGUGGUACGAUCCAGAGCCCCCGCCUCGUUACUUCGACGUCAUUCGCAGGUUGCUAGAAACGAACGAGGGCAUUAGAAGCGAGAACACGGAGUUGAAGAAGACAAGACAGGAACUCCUGGACGAGCUGCGUUCUUUGCAACAUAGUUUGUAUGAAACAAGGGCAGAUCUGGAGGCCGCCAUUUCAGCAUCUACGGCCAUGGAAGACAACAUGCUUGCGAGUGUCGCGACGACGAGGAGGCGAGGUGUUCUGAUCACCGUGCUGAUAUCCGCGAUCAUUUUGUUGGUUUUUUUACCGGUGAAGAUCGUUUGA